AUGCGCCACUGCGCACAAGCGGAGAACCAAGGCGCGGGGCCCACGCCUCGUCGUGCGCCAGGGAGGCGAGCCACAGCUCUGGUGGUGAGUGCAACGCUGCUGUGGGGAGCUUCAUUGCUGCGCUCAUCGAACGAGGAGGCCUCGCAGCACGAUUUCGUCGUGCCCAGUGCCCGUUCCGCCAUCCAUGAGGCGCAGAGGCUGAGGCGCACUGCGCGGGCUGCUGAUGCUCUAGAGGACAGCGACGAGCCCCUGCCGCCCAGGCCCGAGCUGCCGAAUUCGACAGAGGUCAUGUGUCGUCAGGCGGCCGAGGCUGCCAUGCGGGCCUACAGAGACGGCUACACACGCCAAACUGUCCGACUGCGCCUGGAUGCUGCGUACGACAGCCAGGAGGAUCUCGGCGCGCUGCUCAAGGCGACGCUGCCGCUGGCAAAAAGCUUCACGACGAAGCUCUGGAAGGGCGAGUCACUCGUUGACCUGAAGACGUCCUUAGUCGAUGAGGACGUGACAACGCUGCUUUAUCGAGAGGCGGACAACGCCCUCAUGGAUGCAGCGGUGCUGUACCUGCCCUCCAGAGAAGUGGUGACUUCCUCUAAGUUCUCCAACUUCUUCCAGAGCAUGGGCGAUCGAUUGGUAGUCAUGGCCAACACAGAGAAUGCCGCCGCCAACUGGCGGGUGGACAACAUGGGAGCGGAUUUCUACGACUCCCCUGAAAUUGGUUUAGAGAUCUGCAAGCAGUUCUCCCAGCAGAGCUACUAUUAUCAGCUGGUGCCUAUCAACAACUGGCAGGUCACAUUCUUCCGCGCGUAUCCGUUUCCGUGGGAGCUGUGGAUCGAGGACCUGAACUACAACUUGGUCAAGUUGGGCGAAUCAGAGCAGAAGCCCACGUACGACCAGAUCACCGAGUGGACAGAGCAGUACGAGGAGAAAGCAGGCAUUCGUACCUAUGAGAAGGUCGGGAAGCUGCUGCAGGACAAGCAGCAAAGACUGUCCCCCGAAGAAGCCGCUGCAUUGGCAAUGGGAGGGGCGAGUUGA